UGCUGAUUGCCCAGCCGAAAGCUCGACGCUCUCGCUUGAUGCCUCUUGUGAAGCUCUCUGCUAAUCUUUUUGGAAGAAACUCACAUGUCACUCAGGGGCAACUUGUACGGUUUGUGGGUUGUACUUGUGAAAUUCUGAGAACAUUCUACUCAUGAAAGAAAUAAAGCCAUUCGUUUUCCGGACGUCCUUCAACCCAAUCCACGGCAUCGACGAAGAUUUGAGCGCAUUCAUUCAGAAAUUUGAACAUGUUGGUGGGAUAAGGUUUACACAGUUUUCUGAACUUUGGUGCCAGGAAAAAUUCAUACACCUCAUUUAUGGGCGUCAAAAUCAAGCCGGACUAAGUGACCUUUUGGGUUGUCUGUUUUAUCGUUUGGUGGAUUUGGUACAACCGCAUAAAGAUAGAACACACCUUGGGCGGAUAUGUGCUCUUUAUCUUCUUUACGCAUUCCACGGAAAGCAGCCUGUGCGGAACCAGGUCCGAAUUCGCGUCUGCCCAGAAACGUGGAGUGGAAUUGUGCAAUUAGCUAACGAAGCACGCGACGAUGGUCAUUUGGAUGUGUACUACAUCUUUCGACAAUUGUGUGCAGCGAAUGCCUUUUCCUUCUGCCUGCUCCGCCAAGCCCUUUAUCCGGGUGUUCCUUUAUUUGACAGUCCACAGAUGAACGCGGAAACUUUUGAGGCAGUUUCAAAAAAGACUACAAAAAACCCUAUUUCCCCUUACCUUUCCUUGAUCGAAGCUCCAAAGACCUCACAGGUACAGCUGCACGAAGCUCUUUGUUCCUUAGAUGCUAGUAUAAAAGAAUACACUGCGGCCAAAUCCCUUCUUGAUGAGGCACAGGAGGAGUCCGCACAUGUAGAGGAUCUGCGUCCGGCAACUAGUUCAGGAGACGAAGAGGAAAUGAAUGAAGAAUUUUUACCUGGCCUGAACUUCAUUACUCACCCAAAUUCUUUACAGAAGCUCUCCGGUAUAAUACGGGAGCUAGACGAGGAGCAUGACUCCUUCGAAAAGCAAUUGGUCAUCGAAGAUACCCCGAAGAAGAACGUUUCAACCGACACAGUCGAGAAUAGCCCUCUGAGGUCGCCUCAUCAUCUGAAACAGACAUCUCCAUCGUAUGGUCAAGAAUCUGGUAGCGCUCUGAAUACACGUACUAAACGGCCACUUCCCGCUUCAACGCCCGUGGGUAAUCAUCCUGAAUCAGGGACGUCCAAUGUAGUUCCAUGUACUGAGCAUGACAGGGACAUGGACGAUAUUGGGACUCGACGACGGCUGUUGAAACAACCAAGCACCUGGAAAGGCGAGCUAAAACAACAAACGGAAUCGGUCCGUGCACAUGGGUGCCGUCGUAAUCGCGCUCGGCCGAUGGAGCCAAAGCUUCUCAGACCUCACAACUCCAACACUUAAAGAUUUUGUACAGUUUUUGCAGAGUAACUUUUGUAUAAGUUUGGAAGUAAACGAGUAUUUUAUUGUAAUUUAGUUUUUACGUACCACAUGGAUAUUGCCUUUUGCGAUACUCUGUUGCUUU